GGAUGAUCAGGUGACGAAUAAGAAGCUUUAUCGUCACGUGCCCUCAAUCUAGUGUGAUUCCCAUUGAAACAAGAAGGGUUCAGAGAAGAAUUUGUCGUUUGUAAGCAGAUUGACUUUGACACAAUGAAUUCGUUGAAUCCUUUGAUACAUGUGAAGUGAUCAGUCUGAUAGAUUCCUUGGGUUUUACGAAGGAGUAUUAAUACGAAGUCGUACUAUCACAAUAAUCCUGCUGACAGAAGACAUUUAUGAAAGUGGUCCGUUCGCGAAAGGUACACAGGUACUAAUCCCUUAUAUAAUACGCCCCUGAGUUAGCUGAUUAAGCACUCAAUAAUUUUAGGACGAAGAGAUCUACAGAGAUUCCCUAAUCAGAGUGCGUAUUUAAUCCACUCCUUGAUUGAAUAUACUAUGACUACAGAAAGUAAUCAAAAAGAAGAAAAAUCAAGAAUCGAACUUUUAAGGGUGAGGUACCUAACUUGUGUUAUGGCUGAGCAUUGUGAAAGUAACCCAACGGGGUGGCCUUCUGUAGGAAAUGGGUCAAAUCAACCUCGCACUUGAACAAUAUUAUUGUCUGGUUCACAUGUAUUCUGUGAGGGAGCUCACUAAGGAGUCAGACAGACUGCCCGCAUUUUCCGGCCCGGCACAACGCAUACACAGAUGCUUGGAGGGUGAAUAUCUCGCUGGGUUGUGGAGUUGUGACUUCAACCGUAGCCUAGAUUGGCAGAGUUAUCGAGUGGAUUGGAUCGAAUCCAGCGCAUAUGAGCGACGUGAUCUACGAUUCCCUAUCAGAAGCUUCCUCCACGAGAGCUGAUAGUCAGAGGUAUCGGGAGUCGGCCUGUACGAGGCCGCCCUGUUGGCAGCUGGCCUUUAGCUGUAGACAAAGGAAGGUUCAUGUAUGUAUACCGUGUUCCCUGGAAGGGGUUAGUUAGAGCUCUUCGCGCAACAACGUCGUUCUUCCCUAGCUUCUUGGUUCCGCCUCGUGA